CUUUUGCCGUGGUAGGCCAUUGGCCUCGACGCGACCGUACGGCAACAGCUCGUCUCUGCCAUUUAUUCGACCAUCACACGGCCUUUCGAUCUUCCCUCGGUGUGUUGAAGCCGAGCUGCGAGCUGCUGCCGCUGAGUUUUUCCUUCUCACCAGAGCGCCUCCUCUAGAAGUAGAAUCGACUCUCCUCUUCCCUUUUCUCUUUGAAACUCGUCGUGGUCGUGACUGCUUGGGAUCCGCCUCCAGAGACAUGCGGACCCCAUGGCUUAUGGAUUGUGAAUUUAAGCCAUAUGGUUCUCAAAUCGGUGGCCAAGGCAGAGCCUACUGUGUUGUGGUGCUACAAGGACUUGCUCGAAGUUACCAGAUAAAACAGAGGCUGAAAUUAAGGAAGAAAAGCACAUGUUUGCCCAUCUGGCUAAAGAAAUUAUAAGUACAAAGACACAAAGAGCUCAUUCAGGAGCCAAAUUUUCGAAAUUGAUGAAGAUGAAUAGUGUGAUAGUACUGUUUAGCUUGUUGGGAAAAUUUUUUGCAACCCUUUUCCUAUCUUUGCAGUUUUCAAUUCACAUGUUUUCCCUUGUGUCUCAAGAAACUAGAAAGACGGAGGCUCAAAGAGCUAGUCUGAGAGCCCAGUUGCUAAAUUUUUGCCGCAUGGACGACAAACAGUCAAUGGCCUGGGGAUGGCUGUCAUUUUUUCCACUUAUCUCAGAUGCCCUAUCCACUACCAGAUACAUUGCUUUUAUAACUGUGGUCUAUUCUACAAAUUUGAUAAUUAAAUCCUCGGAAUCAAGUUCUCCACCUAAACCCUCUGAGAAACUUUUUUGGGCAAUAUGAAUGUAAAAUGAGUGUAUGGUCUUACCUCCUAGAUGGAUUUGAUAGAAGAUGGGAGCUUGAGCCAUGAGAAAUGUAAGUAAUAGGUAAAGUGAAGACAAUGGCUACUGCAUCCCUAGUUGAACUAGCAUGAGACCCAGGAUGGUUGCCUUAAUUUGGUCGCUCACCAAAAAGUUCAUUCACAUUAUACAAUGUGCUGAAAUCGAGCCCAACAUCCAAACCGUUGAGACCCUCUUCAAGUGUCAUGUUUUUCAUGUAUGCCAGCCAUGGGGGGUUCAAGAAAAGGUAAACGGAAGAACAAAGGAAAAUCUAAACCAAAUAAAUCUGAGACCGCCGAACAAAAGUCUGAAGCACUCAACCCUAAGCUUGAUCUAGGGCAAGCAUUGAGCAACAACCCCAAUGGGCCUUCUAAUAUUGAGGACGAGAGUCAUCAGACAGACACGAAUUUUAAUUCCGCCUCAAACACUCCCAUGAAUCUGGAGGUCAACUUCGAGGGAUUUCUGUACAUAAAGCUCAAUCAAGCAUAUAAUACGGUUCUAGAACGUCUCUUGACCUUAGGAUACAGUAAACCCGAUGUAGAAAUAGCUAUCCUGAAUGCUGGAUACGUUAAUGGGCAUACAGACCUUGUGAAUAAGGUCAUACACAACGUCAUUGGUUUUAUUGAGGAAGUCUUUAACCCGACUACAGAACCUUUUGACGACAUGGAUGAGUUAUGUAAAACUAUGCUUGAAGAAAUGGUUAAUUAUGUCAUGCAGACACGACCUGACAUGCAAAGGUCCGAAGCUGUGCGGCAUCUUUUAGUCAUGAGGUGGGACUUCCUCUCGUCUGCCAAUACAACUUGCAGCCACUGUGAAACUGAGGAUCCAUGUAUCUUUGAGAAUCUUUUCUCUGAGAAAACUCAAUCCAGUUUGAAGAAUGAUUCAUUGUUUAAGAAAAUGGGAAGUUUUAAACCUAUGGAUCAUUUUGGUGAUACAGAGGAUGAUUUAAGUAUGCUUGCUAUCCCAAGCACCAGUGGAGAAAAAUCAGAGGUAUCGCGUAUUUUAAGAGGGUCAGUGUUGGAAGAAAGCUCUGAUGGUUUAAAAACACGAAUGAUUGCUGAUAUGGUGACUCAAAUCAGGGGCUUACAGGUGGAGUUGAAGUGUCGAACAGUGUGGGCCCAGCAGAAAGUGAUUGACUGGGCAAAAAAGGUGACUGCAACCGCUUUGGAGCUUCAAGAGCUACAGAUGUUUGAAGGUGAAGGGGUCAAGGGAAAAAGUAAAGACGAGAAAACGCAUCUGAUGAUGUCCAUUGUGAAGCUGCGGGAAAAAGAGAAAUCUGUCGAGCAAGCAAACCGCGAGGCAAGUAUUGCGGAAAAUGCUGUGAAGAAGAUGGAACUUGAGAAUAGCAAAAUUAGAGCUGAGAUUGAAGGAUUUAAGCUGAAUAAUUUGGAAUCCAAGAAGGAAUUGAAGAAAGUUGCCAAGAGAGAGAAAAGGCGCUUGAAAAGGCUUGUGGAGCUUGAGAGGCAGACUAAUGUUUUGCGCUUAGAGUGUGAUGAGGAGAAACAGAGGACUUUGCAGCUGAAAGAGGAGUUGGCUAAAGUUGAGAAACAAGCUGAGGAUGCUGAGGAGAAGUGGAAGCAGGAAGUUAAGUCAAAGGAGCACAUUCUGGCUCUUGUGGCUCAAGAAACUAAGAAUGUGGAAGACCAAAAAGCCAGCUCGACUGCCCACCUUGAAAAACUGCGGCAGCAACUCAAAUCAGACAUUCAGCAGGCACAGGAAAAACGCCUAGCGCUCGAAGACGAGCUGUCCAGUCUCCGCAAAUCUCUUCCGGUUGAGGAUUUAUUGCCAGAGAACUUGGAUUUCUUGUACUGCUAUGAAAAAUCGUCAUCAAAGACUGUGGACCACUGGACAUGCAUCAUUUGCAUGGUAAAUGAGGUGAGCGUACUUUUCUUGCCUUGCAAACACCAGGUGGUUUGCUUUCCGUGCUAUGAACGGAACUGCAAAGUAGUGGGGCCCAACUGCCCGUAUUGCCGUGCUGAGAUUGAGGAGGUGGUCAAAGUGUAUGGUCAUGGUGUGUGAAUCAGAGCUGUAGGUGUGGAAUUCAUGGGGUGUUUGAAGGGAUAUAUAGGGAGAAAGAGAAGCUCUGUUUGGUGGCUUAAUUUGGUUGUGUGUGGAUUUUCAUGUUUUCUGUUUUGGAUUGGUUUUCUUUAAAUUGUUGUUUGUUUGUGUCUGUGUGUGUUGGUUGGGAAAACCAGUGUGGUGAUGAAACUUUGAGAUUAUGCCUUGAGAUGGAUAAGUUUGAACAAUUCGAAUCCAUGAAACUGCAGCUGACUUUGAAUCGAAUUUUUCCCCAGUUAUGCUUGUCCAUUCGAUCUAAAAAUUUACAGGCUAUUUCUUGUAUGAAUGAUGAAUGUGUAUGUCAAAUUUCAGAUUAUUUUGAUAAGUAUAGCAUGUUGUGGAACAAUUUGAAGUCUGAUGUGUAAUUCGAUUCAUAUCCCCUGUUUUUAACUUCAACUUUGAGACGAUAUAUCUCAG